AUGAUGGAAAGGGUAACAUACGUGAGGGUGCUAAUAGAGAAUGAUAUUACUAAGGAAUUACCUGAAAAAGUUACUGUACCAGACCCUAAGGGUAACUAUUUUACUCAACGAGUGCAGUAUGAUUGGAAACCUAUAUAUUGUAAUAGCUGUUUGCAAGUAGGGCAUAACUGUCAGAAGAACAGGAAACAGCCAGACAAUGCAAAUAGAGCUAAGCCGACUAUACCAUACAAGCCACAAAAAAGAUGGAAAGCUACAGGGAUGGAGAACACCAACAUUGAAAUAAUAGAGCAGGCACCAACUGAACAGGAGGGCAUAAACAAAGGAAAAGAAAUUGGACAAGGGAGUACAGGACAGGAAGAAAGUGUUAUUCCUGAUGAGCAGUGGCUCUCAGUGAGGAAAAAAGAUGCAUCAAAGGGAACAACACCAAAGAAUGCCAUCAUAUCAGUGCAGUCCCCAAAUGGUUUUAAUAACCUGAAUGAAGAAGGGGGUGCCUUAAUGACUCAUCAAUCACCACAUAGACAAGCAAAGGGGCAAAGUAGAAGGGGAAGAGAAGGAAAUAAAGUCAAUCUUAUUGCAAUAACUGAACAUAGAGUGCAACAAAGAGUGGCAAUUCAGUUGAUUAAGAAGAUUGCUAGAAGAUGGAGUUGGUGUGCAAAAUAUAACUCUACUGGUAAAGGUAGAAUAUGGGUGCUUUGGGAUCCAAUGGCGGUAGAUUAUGAGAAACUUGAAAAGCAAGACCAAUACAUACAUGGAAAGGUGCAUGUUAUGGACUUGAACAUUAAAUUCCAAUUUACUGCAAUUUAUGGCCUGCAUACAAUUGAAAAUAGAAAAUCAUUAUGGAGGGAUCUUAAAAACCUACACAGGAGGAUUCAAGAACCUUGGCUUAUGAUGGGAGACUAUAACACUAUUAUCAGUUUGGAUGAUAGAAUAAAUGGCAGCCCUGUACAAGCAAAUGAAAUAAAGGACUUUAGAGAUUUCAUUCUGGACACAAGAGUGAAUGAACCGAACUAUGUGGGAAAGAAUUACACUUGA